CAUUCUCUCGUCAUAUCUGUGAUCCGUCUGGCGUUAUAAUUAAAUCUGUAGCAGGGGUUUAUACAAACGCAUGUGUAACAAAAUGAAAACGUAUAACGGGAUUUAUUUAGUUUCAAUUGUAAAAUAUUGUGCGGUUGUAUUUUGCAAAUGAAAAUAUUUUUUAAAACGCGCAUUUUCAAAAAUUUUUAAUUCGUUUAAUGAAGAUAUCCGUCAUGUUAUUGGUUUCUAUUGUGUUCCUUUCUUUGCUUUACUCAAUAUAUUUUUCAGGUUCCAGUUCUGCAAAUUUUUUGUAUAAUGAAGAUAGAAAAGAAGCUGAUCUGGGUUGGCACGGGACAUGUAAAAACGGCAAACGUCAAUCACCCAUAAAUAUAGACACAUCAGCGUUACAAAAAGGAACAAAAAAAGCUCGUUUUAAAAAUUAUGACAAACAAAUUUCUGGAAAUAUUUCUAAUGAGCAUGACUCUGUACAAAUUACCUUCAAUAACACGAACGAUGUGGAAUUUGAUUCCGGAGAACAUGGGAGUUAUCGAUUACAUAGCAUGCAUUUUCAUUGGCGUUGUACUGAACAUAAAUUUAACAACAAAAGUUACCAAGUGGAGUUGCACAUGGUGCAUUACAAUCAAACCCUCGGAAAUUUUAAAAAUGUUGAGAGCUCAUCGGGUGGCAUAGGCCUAUCAGUCAUCGGAGUAUUGUUCAAAGUUCAGGAGUCUGGCGAUAAUAAAGCCAUAAAUUCAGUACUUAAGAUGAUCAAGAAUGGAAACACAAGAGAUACAGAAAUAAAGUAUAGAGAUUUGUUACCAGCCAAGUUAAAGCACGUGUAUCAGUAUCAAGGUUCUUUAACAACUCCUCCAUGUACUGAAAAUGUGUUAUGGCAUGUGCUCGACGAGAAAGCCACCAUAUCGCCAGAACAGCUCAAAGAGUUCGAGAGACUGCAUCCCAAAGCUCAAUUUCCAAAUUGUCGUCAAACAAAACCGUUGAAUGAGCGUAAAGUCACUUCCAUAGAGAUUUCUUCAGCUGCUUAUUCUUUCAUGUUCAGAUUUUCGUUGCGAUCGCAGAUUUUCUUUUUUGUCAUGUCAGCGCUACUAUCAAGAUAUUUGUUUACCUAGCGAAAAAUUACCAUAAAAAUUAUCAUUAUUUUGUAUUAUAUUAUUGUAUUAUAUUUUUUGUGUAAUUUAAAAUUUUUCCGUCGUUAAUAUCUAUUCUUGACUAUAUCUAAAUUGUUGUAAUUUUCCUUAGCUUUGCUUUUUUGUUUAUAUUGAACUCGUUAAUAAAUUUUAUUUCUUUUUUA